AAAAAAUGACGUCUGAGCGAAGUUUGACAGAAAGAAAUUCCAGGGCGCACUUCUUCCAAAUCAUUUACUCUUCGAUUUUUCAUACUUUUGUUAUCCUAAUUCUGAAACCAUACUUUAAAUAACUAUACAAUAAUGGGUGCUGUUAAACGUUAUCCUUAUCCCAAAGAAGUUUGGUCACCUGCUGGUGGCUGGUGGGCACAACCCAGGAAUUGGAAGGCAAAUACGGCUGUAGCUGCUAUUGGUAUGGCAGUUACGUUGGGUGCUAUUUGGAGUGUCUCUGCUGAGAAAGAAGUUCGAUACCAACAACCUACUCGAUGGAUCCCAUCAAUGCUGUGGGCUAAGCAAUUCAAAGAUGAACAACAAUAAUUUAUUUAACCUUGCGAAUGAUACAACAGAAAAAUAAACCACCUGUUAAGUGAUUCUCACAAACUAAAACUGCCGUAAACUUCAUAUU